AUGUCUAGUUCUCCGCGACGAUGGCUCUUUAUCGUCUUUCCGAUCCUUACAUUUUGCAUGAUAUACUAUCUUUUUCGACUGCCUGAAUCCAACCCAAUAAUCGUGAACAACUCAGAACAAUUCCCUCAAGCUGGAGAGGAAACAAUUGUGGUAGGGGAGAAGCACGAGAGCAGUCCUCCUCCCCCUCCCCCUCCCAAAGAGGAGACAGUGGAGGAUAAAUGUGGCCGCUUACUACACGCACUCGACGAUGUCAUGAUCGUAAUCAAAACCGGCGCGACCGAAUCCCUCGAAAAAGUCCCCAUCCAUCUCCGCACUACGCUGCAAUGCGUCCCACACUUCGCCAUAUUCUCAGACUACGAAGAAACUAUCGAGGGCGUCCGCACAUAUGACGUCCUUCGCAAUGUCAGCGAUACAACGAUGCAAAAAGAGCCCGAAUUUAACAUCUACCGCCGUCUAAAAGAAGUCGGACGCGAAGGCCUGACAGACGCAGAAUGGGGCGACGACACAAACGGUCCACUAGGCAAAGUCAACAACCCUGGCUGGAAGCUCGACAAAUGGAAAUUCCUCCCAAUGGUUGAAGAAGCACUAGAAGUAAUGCCCGACGCUAAGUGGUACGUCUUCCUCGAAGCCGACACAUACGUCGUAUGGCCGAACCUGAUCAGUUGGCUGGGCCACCUCGAUCCAGAUCGGCAAUACUACCUGGGCAGCCCGAUGCAAAUCGGCGAGACACUCUUCGGCUACGGCGGAGCGGGCAUCGUCCUCUCAAGCUGGACAAUGAACCUCCUACAUGACUAUCAAAUGCGGGCAAAGGAAGAUCUCGAAGUGAUGACCGCGCGCGAAUGGGCAGGCGACUGCGUGCUGGCGCGAGCGUUACACGACGUGCAAGUCGAUCUGACUUGGGCCUGGCCAAUGAUGAUGACGUCACGGCCAUGGGAAAUCGACCAUUUCUCCGAGGGAUACGGGCGACAGCCGUGGUGUUACCCAGUUAUCUCGUACCAUCACAUGGCGCCGAAGGAUAUCGAGGAGAUGUGGGAGUUUGACCAGGCGUUCUUUGCUAGUGGCAAGAACGCGCUCAUGUUGCAUGCGGACGUUUACCAGAAACUUGUCUACGAUGGGACUUUCUCGGCGCGCAACGACUGGGAUAACCUCUCUCAGGUCAAGAUUGAUUUCGCAGCUGGCACAAUUCCUACAGUGGAUAUUUGUGCUGAGGUCUGCGCGCGUAAUGAGGACUGCUUGCAGUAUUCGUUUGAUCACACUCAGGGUGUUUGUAAACAUGCUUCUACUACUUUUGCAGGCGUUGCUACCAAUGGAACGCAGUCUGGUUGGAUUAGGCCUCGUGUGAACAAGCUUCUCAAAGCGUUCCAGUCUUCAUGCAAUGGGGUGCAAUACAUCUUCGAUUGA